AUGGAGCCGAUGGGCGGAGCGAGGCCGGGCGCGGCGGGCGAUGGGCGGGGACCUGGGCACAGCGCUCCCCACUUGGUUAUGCCUCAGGGUGGGUCACCCCAGAAGACGCCGCCGCCGAAGCUCAGACCCGCCUUUGUGAGUAUGAAUUCUCCAAUGUUUAUUAAGGCCAGAGUGUUGGCUAAAAGAUUUCCCACAUUCACUGCAUUUUUAAGGCCUUUCUCCAGCGUGAACUCUCUUGUGCACAUUAAGCAGAGAGCGACUGCUAAAGAAUUUCCCACAUUCACUGCAUUCGUAAGGCCUUUCUCCAGUGUGAAUUCUCUUGUGCACAACAAGGUGGGAGCUUCUGCUGUAGGCUUUUCCACAUACGUUGCACUCAUAAGGCCUUUCUCCAGUGUGAACUCUCUGGUGAAGAAAGAGGCUGGAACUAUGGCUAAACGAUUUCCCACAUUCCACACACUCAUAAGGCUUUGCUCCUGUGUGAAGUCUCUGGUGGUCAGUAAGACCAGAACACUGCCUAAAGGUUUUCCCACAAUCAUUGCACUCAUAAGGCCUUUCUCCAGUUUGAAUUCUUUGGUGUUUUAUGAGGAUGGAGCUUUCACUAAAGGACUUCCCACAUUCAACACAUUCAUGAGGACUGGCUCCUGUGUGAUGGUUCUGGUGUUGAGAAAGAUUAAAUUUGCAGGUGAAGGCUUUCCCACAUUCGCUGCACUCAAAAGGCCUUUCUACACUGUGAACUCUCUGGUGUCUGCUAAGUGA